GCCGGCGGCGCCGGAGGAGAACCGGCGGGGAACGCCGCGGCGCUUGUCGGCGGUCCGUCGGGGCGCGAGACCGGUCCCGGGGACGCGGCUGAGGUGAUGGUAGUGGCGGCCGACGCUGAGGGCGUGUGGCAGUCAGAGCGCGGCGCCGGCCCGGCCACUGACGGUCGUCAGCAGCAGCAGCAGCAGGCUGUAACGACUGACGCCGGGCCGACCCCCGGCAGCGACCCGGCUGGGGCAGCGGCUAACGGGCCGGAGCUGGAGGUGCUAGGCCCGGCCGGCCCCGACGCCGAGGCCGAGGUCGGCCCCGGUCAACUGGCAGCCGUGAAACAGGAGCAAGGCCGGCUGGCGCAGAUCAUCGCCGACAUCGGCAUCCCGGCGCCGGCAGAGUCGGCCGCCGCCACACAGGUCAAGCAGGAGCGCAUGCGGUCGGAUGACACUGAGCCCGAGCCAGAGUUACAGCUGGAGGCCGAGCCCGACCGGGAGCCGGAGGCGGAGCCGGAACCGGAGCCAGAGCCAGAGCCAGAACCGGCGGCGGAACCGGUCCCGGUGUCGGCCCCGACGCUGCCGCCGCCGCCGCCGCCGCCCCCGCCACCACCAGACGUGCACUGCUUGGUUUGUAACGAGCCGCUGACGGUGGAGGACGUCUGCAUACAGCUGGCCGACUACCUGGAGAACGCGCACGUGCGCGUCGAGGAGAAGCUGAGCAACGUCAUCAACAACGACUACCGGCUGUACCUGCACAGCGAGGUGGUCUGCGACCGCUGCCACACCACGCUGUGCGAGAUUCACGACCUGGAGAUGCAGUCGAAGCACCUGAAGGACCAGGUGGUGGGCUUCUUCUGGGACACGGUGGAGGUUCGGCGCGUUCGUCCGCAGCGGAAGGGCAGGCGCAAAUCGAAACCAUCAAAGCUUCUUCUGGAGGCGCAGGAGACAGCAAUGUUUAUGCCCGAGGUGGAGCUGGCCAUCCGCGAGGAUUCUCCGGUCAUCUGCAAGGCGCCGCAGAAGAGGCUCAGCCGCUACUCCAAGCCCAAGUGCUAUGAGAAGCUGUCGCACAACGAGUACCAGUGCAUCCGCUGCCACAAGACGCUGCCGCGCAUGCGCGCCGUCAUCAAGCACUUCGACCUGGUGCACGGCAAGCGCGAGGAGCAGUGUGACGUGUGUGAGAAGUACUUCCGCGAUCGGCCACACCUGGAGCGGCACAAACAGAAGAUGCACCCUGAGCUGGCGGCGGCGGCAGCGACAGCGGCAGCGGCGCUGGCGACCGAGGCGGAGGCCGGGACCGAGCCGGCCGUCAAGCAGGAGGUGGCCGACGAGGCGGGCGAGCCGGCCGGCGACGCGCCGCCGCCGGACGAGCCCGCCGAUGUGGACGACGACGACGAGGACGAGGACGACGAGUCCAUCGCCGAUCGUGCCCCCGUCAUCGAUGACGACGACGGCGACGAGGACGCCGAGGUGGAGGAGAUCGACAUGGACGUGGUCAUGAACAUCGAGGUGGAGCGGCCGCGGCGCGGCAGGAAGCGGCGCCACUCGUCGCGCUCCUCCUCCAUGGGCAACGAGCUGGGCGUCAUGUACACGGAGGCGCUGGACGGCUCGUCACCGCGCUUCAAGUGCAUGCUCUGCCCCAACACGUACUCGCGACCGGCCAAGGCGCGCGACCACUUCAUCGCCAAGCACGCGCAGAUCAAGCGGUUCCGCUGCACACUCUGCCCGGAGAUGUUCCUCACGUACAAGCAGAAGCGGCACCACGAGCUGAGCCACACGGCCGAGGUGUGCACCAAGUGCGGCAAGAAAUACCCGGGCAACAAGCGCGGCAUGCUGGAGCGUCACAUCGCGCAGUGCGGCGAGCUCAAGAAGUGCCGCGUGUGCGGCGCCGAGUUCGAGAGCCUCACCAACUUCAUCAAGCAUCGGCGCGACGCGCACGAGAAGAACGCCACUUGCGACGUGUGCGGCAAGGUCGUGAGCGCGCGCAACCUGGCCUCGCACCGCGCCAUCCACUCGGACGAGCGCAACUAUACUUGCCACCUGUGCGGCUCCAGCUUCAAGGCCAAGGGCAGCCUGGACACGCACCUGCGCACGCACAGCGAGGACAGACCGUUCAGCUGUGACACGUGCGGCCGCAGGUUCAAGCACCGCAACAACUGGAAGGACCACGAGCGCGGCCACCUGAACAUCCGCGACUUCGUCUGCCACUUCUGCUCCAAGUCGUUCAAGCAGGCCAAGAACCUGAAGCAGCACUUGCGCCAGCACGAUGCCAACCCGGAGAUCUUCACGUGUCCCCACUGUCCCAGUACGUUCAAGUACAAGUACAACAUGCUGGCGCACGUCAAGACGCUGCACACGGGCGAGAUGGGGCGGCGCGUGCGGCGACGCAUGCGCGCGCCCUCCGAGCUGGGCGGCGGGCCGGCCGGCGGCCUGGCCGGACCUGCGCACCACUCGCUGGCCGGGCUCGACCCGCUGCAGUUGUCGCCCGGCUCGGUGACGAGUGACUCCAACAGCGGCGUGCACGGCCCGCCGGCCGCGCCGCCACCGCCGCCGCCGCCGCCGCUGCCGGGCCGCUCGCUGCCGCAGCUGAACCCGCUCAACCCGAGCGUCGUGUUCAUGCAGACGCUGCAGCACCACAGCAUCUUCUCGUCGUAGGCGGCGCGCGCGGCGCCCACGGCGGGAAAGCGCUGCGUCGUUGUGGCGGCGCGCCGCCGGCAUUUCCAAGCGGCAUCGCGUGAGUGAACGGGGUCUGUCCGUGUGGCUGGGGAGCCGCGGCGCCGGGGGGCACGUGGUGACAGCGGCCCGGCGCGUGGCGCCCGUCCGCUGCCGCCACCACCACCACCCCAACUACAAUCACCCCCACACCGGCUGCGGACCGCGGUUUCUCAUUCAUUUGCACGUGUUUGCCCAGCUGCACCGUGUGCGUGCCAUUAUGUAGGGGUCCGGCCGGCGGCUGGACAUAGUCACAUACAUUCCCGGGAGGUAGCAGUGUCCACGACCGCGAGCGCCUGGCGGAUACCUGAGUCGCACUGCCGCCACGUCCAGUAGUGUAGAGGCCGCGUGCCGUGCCAUGCCGCGGCGCCACGCCUGGCGACGCGCCAUUGAGAGGUGGCCGCGUCGCGUCGCGCCGCGCCUCGGGACGGGGCGCGCCGCACAGCGGGGUCGGUUGGCACCCCGCCAGCCAGCGCGAGCAGAGACGCGGCAGGUCGGCGGCCCCGGGGCCCAGCCGGUCUGUCGGUGCUUUAGCACGCUGCCCGGAUCAGCCGGUGAACUUUUGUAACGAGCUUUGUGGCGGGCCCCAACACCCCGUGUUAAACUGCUUAUGGUGGAAAUGUGUUUAUUUGUGCACGGUUUUGAUUGGAAUUGGUGGCUAUAUACAACGUGUGCGUAUGACGUAUGGGGUUACAAUAAAGGUACACUAAUCGGCUCCAUCCGCUGGCUUUUCGGCUGCGUCAUCUGCAUCUCCGGCACCGGACUCGUCCGCCUUUCGCUUUUUGCUGAGUUUCUUGGUCUUCUGCCGCGAUUUG